AACAAUAAUAAGAAUUUUGUGAAGAAAAACUGAGAACUCAAAACCACAGAGAACCCAAUCUAGUGCCGCACACAGCCUUCCUUCUUCCUCUCUUGCCAUGGCUUCCAUUACUGCAAGCACUGCUGCUUCAUCCUUUGCUCGUGCCAGCUGCCUCGUGCCAAGAAGCCAUGUCGGGGUGGCGGUGCCCUCAUCCCCUGUUCUAGGUUUGCCAGCAAUGGCAAGGAAGGGCAGGGUGCACUGCUCGAUGGAGGAGAAGCCUGCCGCAGGCAAUGGCAUGGGCGUGGGCAUGGGAGCAUCUCUCAUGGCUGCCGCCUAUGCGGCCACCGUCUCGAGCCCCGCACUGGCACUCGUUGAUGAGAGGAUGAGCACAGAGGGCACCGGCCUCAGCCUCGGCAUCAGCAACAACCUCCUUGCCUGGAUCCUGUUGGGUGUGUUCGGCCUCAUUUGGGCUCUCUACUUCACCUACACCUCCACCCUUGAGGAGGAUGAAGAGUCUGGACUCUCUCUCUGAAACUACCGCCUGCUGCCAUCUCCAGCUAGAAAGUAAAUAUCUGUAACUGUGCAGGAAGGGAUUUGGAACUCUUUUGUAUGGUGCUGCAAUCUCAGAACCUUCAUGUGUAGAGUCUUUGGAUUGUCAGUGUUUGGAUCUCUAUUCUCUA